AUGCAGACGGCAAAAGGGAAGGCCGAGGCGCUUGGACGGAAAGCCAAGCUUGCGAGUUCAUAUCAGGAGUUGCUCGACGAAUUUUCGAGCAAAGACCUACGAUCGGUUGGCAACUAUACCCUCGGACGACUAAUUGGCAAAGGAUCCUUCGGCAAGGUCUACUUGGCCACCCACAAACUUACAAAUGGCUCCAAGGUCGUGCUCAAGUCAGCCAACAAGGAUGACACCAACCUCGCUCGCGAAAUCCAUCAUCAUCGCCAAUUCGUCCACCCGCACAUCGCCCGACUAUACGAGGUGGUCGUGACGGAGAACCUGGUGUGGAUGGUGCUAGAAUAUUGUCCAGGCGACGAAUUGUACAACUACCUUCUUCAACAUGGCAAGCUAUCGGUCGACAAGGUUCAGAGGAUCUUUGCGCAACUGGUGGGCGCCGUGUGCUACGUCCAUCGACAAUCCUGUGUCCAUCGGGAUCUGAAACUGGAAAAUAUCCUGCUCGACAAACACGAGAACGUCAAGCUAUGCGACUUUGGUUUCACACGGGAAUAUGAGGGCAAGGCCAACUACCUGCAAACGUUUUGCGGCACCAUCUGUUACUCGGCUCCGGAAAUGCUGAAGGGCGAAAAAUAUGCGGGCGAAAAGGUGGAUGUUUGGAGCUUGGGAGUCAUUUUCUACGCCCUUCUCUGCGGCGAGCUUCCCUUUGACGACGAUGACGAGCAAGUUACCCGGCGGAAGAUCCUUAGCGAGGAACCAGACUACCCCGAUACCCUUCCGGCAGAUGCGCUGUCUCUUAUGAAGAAACUCCUAUCGAAACGACCCCUAAUACGACCGUCUCUGCCCGAUAUCCUCGCGCACCCAUUCCUCGCCGAAUAUGCGCCGCAACAACAGGAGAUCCUGAAAAUCGAGCAACCAGCCCCUUUUUCGACGGCGCUGGAACAGGAGACGUUACAUCGCAUGCGAAGCGCUGGGGUGGAUACAGAGGCGGUGAUGGAAAGUGUCAUAGCCCAAAAGUGUGACGCCCUCGCUGGCUGGUGGACACUAUUGAUUGAGAAGGAGGAACGGAAGGCGGCGAGAAGGGAACGAAAGCGCAGGGAAAAGGAGGAAAACAGAAACUCGAGACGGUUCUCCCAGGCUUCUAGUCGACUCAAUGCCUUGGCUACGGUGGAAGAGUCGCAAUUCCCUUUCGGAGAGCAACCACAAAGACCACGAGGGCGGAGCGAGAGGAGAAGAAGCGGACCCUAUCCGACUCUGCUCAUCCCGGACAUGCCCAGCUAUGCCGACUAUCCCAGAAGCGCGAUUGAACCUCGCAGUCCGAUAGAAGGGGACAUGCCACCACCGCCGGUUGAUAAGGACUCGAUUAGGGGUCGGUCUACUAGCUCCUCGCGGCAUAGGAAGCCGAUUCCCCCACCGAAGGAGGGUAUUCUGAGGAGUGCGAGGUCGAGAGGGUCGACUCUUCAUCUGGUCACUACAAGUGAAGUUCUGGACUUGAACGGUUCUUUACAGCUGCCUGAUGACCAGAACCAGGUGAAAAAGCGACCGUCCAAGACCAAGAUAUUCUGGAAGAAUUGGACACAUUGGCUCUUUGAGAGUACGCGGCGGCAUAAGAACUCCCAGAAACGUGCCAGCCAAUCCACCCCUAACUUGGCGGAUAAGGCCGCGGUGCAGACCGCGAAGGAUGACAAAUCUAAGGACGGGGAGAGUCCACGUCCGCAGACGAGUAAGUACCCAGCAGCAAGUUCUCCGAUCACGACGGGUACCGCUGGCCUACCUAAGGGUGUAGUGGCCAACGGCUACGCCAGCAAAGCGUCACCGGCGCUCUCCGCAAGCUCUGCUCCGUUUAAGAACAGUAACGCUUCCGUCGGCCUCUCGAGCUCGCUACCAUCCUCUUUGCCACCGAUUCCACGUACAUACACGUCAGGGUCGUACAAGAGACAGUCCCUAUCGCCAUCGCCCCUAACACCCCGCUCCACCAUGCGGCGACCGUCCGGCACCGCGGGCCUUCGCGGCAGGAAGUCCACCUCUUCGUCUGUCUCGUCCAUCCGUUCAAUGCACCACACCCACCACCAUUCCCACAGCAAAGCUAGUUCAACCUCCUCCAACAAUUCCGUUUCUACAUCAGUCUCAAAAUCCGCCCUACAAGCCAGCCGCAGUCCACACCACUCCGUCAAGGUUCUCCCCGCCACACCUACAACUGUCGGCUUCCCAAGCAACAUCCGCUACGUUCGCGACCGCACCGGCCCGCCUCUAGGCAUCGGCAGCCUCGGAGGUCCCGGCCUCUUUGCCUCGCCCAGUGAAUACAGCUCAUCCGACAACAACGGCCGUCUCAAUGCCUCCUUCCUCGGCAAUGGUGGCGGUGGCCUCUCCGUCCUCAACACCAACACGCAGUACUACCAAAUGCCCCAGGCUCCCGGCUCCCCCAACCCGUUUGCCUCGGUCAAUUCGGGGGGUUAUUUCGGUCCGAGGGCAACAGGUACCGGAUCACCUGUCGUGGGACCCGGUGGCCAUGGCGGCGUGAUGUUCGCCAAGAGGAAGAAGAAUCUCUUCAAGGGCCCGAUGCUCAACUUUGGCGGCAGUGCCGGUGGCGCGGGUCACGCUGGUAGCAGGCAGAGAGAAGAGAGGAGUAGUAGUGGUGCGUCCGGGUCGGCAAGUGCGAGCCAUUCUAGGAGUGCGAGCGCUAGCGGGCUGGGGCGCAGGAGUGGGGAGAUUACGAUCCAGGAGGAGGAGGAGCCUGGCGAGGAAGAAGAGGAAGAGCACCACGGUGGUGGUGGUGGGUAUGGUUACAGUAGCCACGGCUGGGGCGGAAGCAGGACGGGCGCAGGUUGGGGAGGACCAGGGAUGGCGGGCAUGGAAGAAGAAGAGGAGGUGGAAGAGGUGGAUAACUUCAGUCCCAUCAUCAGCGGGCCGGGGGAGAUUGGUGGAGGAGAGGAUCAUUGA